AUGGGGCCCCAAGAAGUGGCCCAACAAACCUCCGUCGGAGCCGUCAUGGAGGGGCCCCUGGAGUACCGCGUUGUCUUGACUCCGGCCUUGGCGCGGGAGUUGACGGCCAACGGCCACGCGGUGUACUUCCAGUCCGGCUUCGCCGCGCGUGCCGGCUUCACCGACCAGAUGUACAUACACGCCGGGGCCCAGCAGUGCGCGACGGCCGAGCAGGUUUACCAGAACUGCACCAUCAUGCUCCUCGUGAACCCGCCGAGCACGGAGGAGUACAAGUACAUUCGUCGGGAGCAAGUGCUGUUUAGUUUCGUGCCGUUUGCUGCGACUGCUGCAGCGCAGCAGCAGCAGCGGGAGCUGAUGCAGGCGCUGGCAGCAGCAGCAGCAACGCUGAUCUGCUACAGCAGCAUCGUCAGCAGCAGCAACCCCACCUUCGCCCCCGUCCACUACGCAGUCUGCAACACUGCUGCUUACCUGGGAGUGCAGCAAGCAGCAAACUUGCUGGCGAACUCGGAGGGUUUGGUGUUUGGGGGCCCCCCGGGGGCCCCCGCGACCUCCGUGUUGGUGCUGGGGGGGGGCCCCUGUGGGGCCCGCGCUGCAGCUCUUGCUGCAGCAGCAGGCGCGCAGGUGACGGUGAUGGACACGGACUUGGCGCUGCUGAGCCGCAUCAGCAGCAGCAGCAGCAGCAGCAGCAGCUGUGGUGUACGUACACUGCAGUACUCCCAGGCCAACCUCGAGGCCAUCCUGCCGGCCACCAACGUGGUCUUUGGCUGCGCCAUUCCAGCAGCAGGAAGGGCCCCCGUGCUGCUGUCGCAGCAGCAGCAGCAGCUGCUGCCUGCGGGCGCUGCUGCAGUGGACCUUGCUGCUGCAGCGGGCGGCAACUUUGCUGCCACCAAGCCCGGCUCCAUCGAGAACCCCACCUACAGCAGCAGCGGCUGCUGUAUGUACACUGCAGCAAACAUUUGCUGCCUCGCUCCCAAGACUUCCUCUCUGGCCAUUUCGCAUGCAGCAAUGCCUUUCGUGCUGCAGUUGGCCAACAGGGGCUGGAAGGCAGCAGUUUUGAACUCCGUGGGGCUGCAGCAGGGGCUCUUUGUUGCUGCUGGCUGCUGCACCAGCGCCUUCCUCGCUGCGGCCACGGGGUGUACGUACACCCCCGUCGAGCAGCUGCUGCAGCACGAGAUCCAGCAGCUCCCGCAGCAGCAAACUGCCAUUGCCCAGCUCAAGCAGCAGCUCAACACCUUCAGGGGGCAGCAGCAGGGCGCCUCCUUCACCGUCGAGGCCUAG